AUGAAAGUAACUGAACAUAAUCUUCGUUUAGAACCAGCUGGCAAUACACUUACUUCUAGUCCAACCACUACAGUAAUGGCACGUGUAUUAAGAAGUGUUAAAACGUUAAAACGAAGUUGGGACUCGGAUAAAGCAUUGAAAAGUACCUUUACCGGUUUUAUUGGUAAACAUCAACUGCGUGCAUAUUUAGUUUUAUGUUUUGGUUAUGCUGUGAUAGGAUCAUGGCUUAAUAAUGUACCAACUUUUGCUCGUAUCAAUGAAUAUGGCUCAACAGUUCUUACACAAUUCGAUAUCCUCUGCGAUGAUACCAGAAUCAAGAUUCCAUAUAUUGUUUAUAUUGUCGGUUUAAUUAUUGGUGGACUAGUAUUCGGUUAUAUGGCUGAUUAUAGCGGAAGAAAAAUGCUUUUAUUAGGCUCAAUGUGGUCCGCUUGUGCAUUAUCCGUGUUUCAAUUAUUAAGUGAUGAUUACAUAUCUUACGUAUUUUUUAUAUUUUUUGUUGGAAUAUUUAUUGGUGCCGUCCAAGUAAUACUAGUACCAUUUGUUAUCGAGAUGUUUCCGAUUAAUUCAAGAGCUAUUUAUGUUUUAUGCUUGGGUGGUGCUGUAUUUAUCUUUGAUCUUGUUUUACCUUGGUUAGCAAUGUUAAUUAAAAAUUGGAAAAUUUUACAAGCUGCUAUAACAUUACCAUUAGUUGCCACAACUGUUUUAUUAUGGUGUACAGAAGAGUCAAUGUUUUGGUUUACAACACAAAAAGAUUAUAUAUCAGCUGUACUCACCUUAACAAAAAUAGCUGAUUACAAUGGAGUAGCAUUUCAAAAUUUAUUUCGAGAAGCAAAUGUUUUUCUUCGUGGUAAACGUUCAAAAGCGAUACAAUGUGAUUUUCAACCAUUGUUAAGGUUAGAAGAUAUAGCUACAUUGGGAAUAAAAUAUCCUGAUUUUGAUCCUAGUGAUCUGCAAACAGAUUCAAAAAAAGAAACAACGACACAACGUCUAAUGAAAAUUUUAACUAGACAACAUUAUCAUCCUACAUUGUCAACAUUUUAUCCUACCGACUACCUUCAAUCACCUAUUUUAGUAAUUUAUCUUCUAGUAUUAUGUGGACUAUGGCUGGUUAGUGCAUUAACGGAGUAUAGUUUAGAUACAUCGCGUUUAACAAAACAUUUAACACGACAUUAUUUUCUUAAUUAUUUUUAUCGACACUUAGUUGGAAUUGCUUCAUUUUUAAUUGCAUUUCCAUUUGUUUAUAGAUGGGGAAGAAGAUGGCCAACAUUUUGCUUCUAUCUGAUUGGUGAAGUUUGCUUACUAGGCUCUGUUAUUGGAAAACUUGAAAAUGAAUACAACCGUACGAUAUUGUUGAUUAUCUAUCUUACUGGGAAAUUUGCAGCUAGGGGAGCAUUUCUUGUUGUACUAUUGUACACAUGUGAACUAUUUCCAACUGGUUUAAGAUGUACAACACUGGCUAUUUGUUAUAUGUUUCGUUGGAUUGGUAUAGCAUUAGCGGCAGAAAAUAUCGGUGGAUUGAACGACUGGAUGCCUCGUCUCGUUUAUGGACUUUUGUCACUUGUAAUUGGUGCAUUAGCUUUACUUUUACCUGAAACAAAAAAGUUCCCGUUACCACGUACAAUAGUUCAGGUUGAAGGCAUGCCAGCAUCAAUUAGUAAAAAGUUUCGUCAACGUCGCUCCGUUCUUGUUAGACGAAAUCUUCUUAAAGAUGGUAGUCGUGGAGGUGGUAAUGAUGGAAGUUCAAUAGUGAGUGGUAGUAUGGCACGUUCUGUGAGAUUUACACCAUCAAAUUAUGAUUAUGAAUCAACAAUACAUAGUAUGUACGAAUUACAAGAAAUGCAUGAUCAAGACUAUUUGGAAAUAGCUAGUGAAGUUGGUAAAGGACCGAGAACCUUUCGACGUAUCAGUGAUCAACCAUCAUUAAGAAAUCCAAUGAUGAGUCAUAGAGAUGAUUAUAGACAACGUCCAAUCGUUGAAACGUAUAAUACGCUAGCUGAACAAUCGGACGAAGAAGAUGUUGAUGACGAUCGUGUACGAAUAGCGCAGCAACAUCGGCAUCGACGAUCACCACUACCAAUUCAUGAAAGAAUACCGGAUAAGAAUGAAGUAGUGAUAAAAGAGAGAAAAAAAUCAACGUCAUCUACAUCUUCUCCGGCACAUUCUCAAAAAGAAAUAACGGCUCAAAUUCAAAGUGGAGAUGUGACUCAUGGUGGUUUAGCACCAGCAAACGAUCUUGUAACCACAGCCAACAGUGGCGGCAAUGAGCAACAGGAUGACAGUAAUAAGCAAAGUAUUCAACAACAACAACAGCAGACUAAAAGUUAUCCGACGGAUAGUAAUCAAUAUCAUCCGAAUUCCGAAGAAGAAAAUUAUUUUUCCGAGCAUUUAUAA